AUGGAGGAUGGCGACUCGUCAACGAAUACUCUACUCGUAUCGUUGCGAGAACGCGAAAGUGUCUUCUAUGCCGUUGGCCGACUCCCUGCCAGAUUGCCUCAGGGUGAUGGUGUGAUUGGUUGGCCAUGUCGUGACCGAGAAGCUGCUUGGAUCUGCUCCGCGGCCCGACGACUUGGCCUCGACGUCGACUCGUUCACGUUGGCAGUAGCGCUUCUCGACCGGGUCAUCUGUGGUACGAGAGUCCCAACGAAAUAUGUGAACUGCGUGGCAGCUGCAUGUCUUUCGUUAGCAAAGAAGUUAUGUGAAGAUCAUGAAGAAGACGCAUCUCUGUUCCUACAGAGGCUUCGCCUAUCUUACAGUGCUAGAGAAUUGAAGCGCAUGGAAUUGCGUAUACUAGAUCUCCUUGGCUGGGAUGCGCAUCUGCCAUCGUUUGAUCGGUUUCUGGUGGCUUUGCUGAAGUCCAUGGGUGGCGAGUGGUUGGUAUCGCCGUUGAGAGUGCAUGUUGAAGCGAUUGUGUGCGAUUCAUCGGUGAUGUCACAGUUUGCUCCUUCAACACUCGCUUUAGCCGUGGUAAGUCUUCUCGUAGAAGCGACAAGCAAGCAAUGGAUGCCGGCCAUUCAGACGCAGAUCAAGCUGUGUAAGACCGAUCCUUGUGAACUUCUUCGCUGUCGUGAGCGUUUAUCUAGUAUUUGGUCACGCACACUGGUUCCAUCUUUGUCCCCUUUUGAACUGCUUUCGCCUCCACUCGAACCUCCGUCAACUGUAACGACGACGUCGUGUCGUGGACCAUCGUUGGUCGUCACCGCGAGUCCUGGCGGCAACACGACUACCACCAGUUCUGCGACCGAAGUGAUCACCUCACCUUGUGCACCGCAACCCACACCAUGCUGA